CGCGCGGCAGCAUGGAGGAGCUGAGCAGCGUGGGCGAGCAGGUCUUCGCCGCCGAGUGCAUCCUGAGCAAGCGGCUCCGCAAGGGCAAGCUCGAGUACCUGGUCAAGUGGCGCGGCUGGUCCUCCAAACACAACAGCUGGGAGCCAGAGGAGAAUAUCCUGGACCCGAGGCUGCUCCUGGCCUUCCAGAAGAAGGAACACGAGAAGGAAGUACAGAACCGGAAGCGAGGCAAGCGGCCCAGGGGCAGGCCCCGGAAGCACACGGUCAUGUCCUGCAGCCGGCACUCCAAGCUCAAGGAACCAGACGCGCCUUCCAAGUCCAGCAGCUCCUCAUCUUCCUCCACAUCUUCCUCCACUUCCUCGGACGAAGAGGAGGACAGCGACUUAGACGCCAAGAGGGGUUCCCGGGGCCGCGAGACCCACCCAGUGCCUCAGAAGAAGGCCCAGAUCUUGGUGGCCAAGCCUGAGUUGAAGGACCCCAUCCGGAAGAAACGAGGCCGCAAGCCCCUGCCGCCGGAGCAGAAGGCGGCCCGGAGGCCCGUGAACCUGGCCAAGGUGCUGAAAACCGCCCGAAAGGACCUGGGCACGGCGGCCGGCAAGCUGCCCCCUCCGCUCAGCGCACCCGUGGCGGGCCUCGCAGCCCUGAAGGCCCAUGCCAAGGAGGCGUGCGGCGGCCCCGGCACCAUGGCCAGCCCGGAGAACCUGGCCAGCCUGAUGAAGGGCAUGGCCGGCAGCCCCAGCCGCGGUGGCCUCAGCUGGCAGAGCUCCAUCGUGCACUACAUGAAUCGAAUGAGCCAGAGCCAGGCCCAGGCCGCCAGCAGAUUGGCACUCAAAGCCCAGGCCGCCAGCAAGUGUGGCCUCGGGCUGGACCUCAAGGUGCGGACGCAGAAGGGGGAGCUGGGGAUGAGCCCCCCCGGAAGCAAAGCCCCAAAAGCCCCCAGCAGCGGGACUGCAGAGCCGAAAGGGGGCAGUGCAGGGGGCCCCCCCUACGUCCACGGCACCGGCAAGGCUGCCGCCGGGUGCCUGGGCCCCCAGCCCACGGCCGCGCAGGAGCUGAGCCUCCAGGCCUUGGACUUACAGAGUGUCAAAAAUGGCACACCAGGGGCAGGCGCGACCGCCCGCCAUGCCGCGGCCGCCAAGGGCAUCACUGCCGCCAACCCAGCCACUGGGAAGGGCGCCGGGAGCGUCCCCACCGCGGGGAGCGGGACCGGUGUGUUCUCCGACCCCAGCAAGAGCGAGAAGCUGGCUUCUAGGGGAGCCACGCUGACUGCCCCCACAGGCAAGAGGGACUGCGUCAAGGGCAGCGCGGCCCCUGGGGGGCAGGAGGGCAGCGCAGCCCCCGGGGACGUGCGCAGGACGGCCUUGCCGUCGGAGGUGAGCACUGAGGAGGAAAACAGCAGCUCCGACCCCGACCCCGACCCCGCCUCCCCGCCCAGCGCCGGACAAAACCUGUCUGUGUCUGUGCAGACCAGCCAGGACUGGAAGCCCCCCCGCAGCCUCAUCGAGCACGUCUUCGUCACUGACGUCACCGCCAACCUCGUCACGGUCACGGUGAAGGAGUCCCCCACCAGCGUGGGCUUCUUCAACCUGAGACAUUACUGACGCCCGCGGCCGCCUGGCUGCCCGCGCUUGGCCUCUGGUUUCGCGCUGGUAACUGCCCUGCGCCCUGGGCCCGCUCCGGGUUUGCGGCAGCCCCCUGCAGGGGCGGGCUCGGAGGGGAUGCCCCCAGGCCCCGCCUGGGCUCCAGGCAGGGUCGUACCUUGAUGCCUUGCCAAGGUGGCCUUGCCCUCGUUCCUACCUCUGGGCCUUUGCUUCGCUUCCCACGCACCUCAGGAAGUCUGCCUCUCCCGCCUCCGGCUCACUGUUUCUCACGCGUCCCCUGCUGGAUGUUUGAACUGCCCUCCCUCCCGGGCGCGUGAUGACGGAAUGUGGUCCACUCUCUUCUGGGUUUCCCAGGGACACAGCUGUUGGAGGGAACGCGUCUGGGGGAGGCGGGGGGGUGGGGAGGUCAGGCCUUGACGGACAGCGUGCGGGCUCAGCUAGGUUUUUAGGAGAUGGGCCAGGUAAGGGACCUCACAGUCAGGCCCCCCCCUCAGUGCCUGAGCUGCCAAGGACUAGGGGUCUGUACGCCUCCCCAUCCCCACCCCCACACCGACAGCUGAGGGCUGUGGCCUGAAUGUAGGACAGGCGCUGGCUGUAGCCAUGCUCGGGACCCUCGCAGACCUCUGUUGGUGCCCUGUAACCCUGGUUCAGGUUAACAACUGCAGCGCCAGAAUGUCCUAGAAGCCAGCAUGAACCGGGAGAGGCUGGGCCCACAGCUGCUUCAUCUAAAGCCUCCAUGUUUGGGGGAAGCAGAAGCAGAAGGGUGUCCCCGUGGCCGCCCUCCUUCCUGCCGUGGCGUGCCAGGACAGGGGAUCCCGCGGACGGCCCCCGAGGAGCCCCAGGAAGGUGGGAGCGUCCCCAGGUGCUCAGCCCAGCUCCCACCCUUGGCCACCUCUCCCUGACAAUCCCUCCCGCCUUUGGGGGUUCCGUGCGCUCCCUCUCAGCUGCAAGGCUGUGUCCUCUGACCAUUUGGAAGUGGGGCACAAUCUGGAAGGGCCCCCAGGAAAGGGCAGAUCUGCCCGCCCCCAGACAGCUGAGGCUGGGAGCUGCCUUGUGUGGCUUUGGCGGAAAGGCAGGUCAAGGAGUGGGGACAUUGUGAUGCCAAAAGUGGGGGAGGUGUGGGUCCCCUGCCUCGGCGACCACCAGCUAGCAGGUGUGGGCACUCCCUCUGUCCUGUUGCCUUGAUCACAGGGGAGCCCGACACAGUGGGCUCUGCUCUCUGAGGGGUGGGCCCACCAGACCUCUGACCCCUUAGUCCCCUGCCCUGCGCGCCAAAUAGAAAGAUGGCUUUUUGUGUAUCUGAAUCAAUUUCAACAGUGUGCCUUUGGGGACAGACACACGUCCAGGACCUCGUCAAGGGACGUCCAGAUGUGGCUCCCGGGUUUCCCUGCGCGGUAACCAUGCGGGCGGUGGCAGGGGGCGGCGCCCAUCUUGGCAGACCCGAGGGCUGGGGGUCCCAGACAACCAGGCUGGAAAGUGGGAGGCAGGCAUCACAGCUCACACUGCACGGUCUGGAAGAACGGGGUCCUGGUGCCCAGGGCCGCUGGCUCCAGUCCCCCCUCCAGUCCUCAGACACCCACAUGCUCCCUGGGUGUAUCAAGCGGGCUUCUCUGGGCCGCCCGCCUCCCCCUUGGGAUCUGACCACCUCCAGGUUUCUCAGCCCCUUUCCUGCCGGGCACCACGCUGCCUUCGAGGCCACAGAGCCAGGCCCGCAGCCGCUCCCUGAGCCUUGGGGACAGCCCAGGCCCCCAGGAGCUGUCGGAUAGAUGUGUGUCUGCACCAAACCCCGACGUGGUGCCUUUCUGUUUACCAGCUACUUCAAUCCCAAAGUUGAAUCUGCAAACACCUUAACUCCCAGCCACUUUGCCUUCUUGCUGUGUUGUGUGGUUUUAUUCUGGUGCUGAUAACUUCGUGUGGUCGUGUUUAAAAGAGUGUGUGCGUGCGUGCGUGCGUGUGUGCACACGUGCAGGCAUGAAUGCCUUCGCUGAAGACACGAUUGCCAUGUUUACCAAUAAAAGUAGUACUUUUUUUUAUUUGCUGCUAUGUGUG